GUUGUAAACAUCUGUUAUCACACAUACACGCAGCUACGCCACAGUGGCCAAGUCCAGGGAAUGAAGUCACAUACUCUCUACCUAUUAGUUGUCAUCGCCUUCACACCCAGCCUCGGACAAAGUCAGGGAACCUUUGACUGCCACUGUGCUGCCGUUGAUGAGGAGUGUUUCCCGUCCCCGACGCCGUGUUCAUCCGGGUGUCAGUCGGGGUGGGACGGUCCCUUCUGUCAGCGCCAGAACGUAGCCUACAACAAGUCGGCGAGUCAGAGCGGGGUGUACGUCGACACCUCGGACUGUGUCCCUGAUACCCCGGAUGUACAGACGUUCUGCGGCGCGCAUGGGGCGCAGCUCGCCGUGGACGGAAAUGACGACACAGACUACUGGCAUGGAUCAUGCGCAGUCACGGACACAAGUAAUCAGUCAGCUUGGUGGAGACUGGAUCUCGGCGCCACAUAUAACAUCAGCAGCCUGCAGAUAUAUCAAUCUAACCAUGCUCCUCUGGUGCCGCCUUAUAUCGAGGUGUUUGUGGACGGACAGGAAUGUUACAACGUCACUGGGAGCGACAUCAGCAGCACGAUCAUUAAUGUCAUGUGUCAUCAGACGUUGUCGGGCUCCACGCUGACGUUGCGAACGUCUCCUGUCGACACUGCUCCGUCCCUGACGUUGUGCGAAGUCAAAAUAUUCCGGUGCAGUGAUUUCUGGUUCGGCAGCAAGUGUCAGUACAAAUGUCACUGUAAUCAUACCCUCGAGGCAUGCGAUAAAACCUCGGGCGCAUGCGCAAGUCAGUGUGCCGCAGCCUGGACCGGCGCGAGCUGCCAGGACCACAACAUGGCCUUGCAUCAGUCCGCCUACCAGGACGGCACAUGGAGCGACGCCGACAACUGCUCGACGUCCUCAACCGUCUACUGCGGCCCCAGGCCGGCGACACUGGCGGUAGAUGGCAGCACUGAUCAAAACUUCCGGCACGGAUCCUGUUCCCAGACUGCACUUGGGCGAACCAUCACUUCCUGGAGCCUUAAUUUGGGGAGUCUGCAUCAGAUCUACAGGAUGAAGAUAUAUUUUCCUCAAAAAGAUAUAUACCCCACCACGGGGUUACAAGUGACAGUGGACGGCGCCGUGUGCUACGUCACCAACACCUCUCUCACCGACGUCGCCAACAUCAAUUGCCGCCAGCCUCUGAUGGGCGUGUUCGUGUCCAUCAAUUUGCCCCCUCUCCCGACAAGCCCGGGGGUGACUGGCUCCCCGACAGACAGAACCCUCGCUCUCUGCGAAGUCGAGAUUUAUGAGUGUGAUGACUUCUGGUUCGGCAGUAACUGUAGCCGGCUGUGCAGAUGUCAAAACACGUCGGAGAUCUGUGACAAGAUGACAGGGGAGUGUCCUCGAAGUGGCUGUAGCGCCGGGUGGAUGGGGUCAGGCUGUCAGUCAGCGUGUCCCCGCUCCACUCAUGGACUCAACUGUUCCUACAGCUGCGGCAAGUGUGCGAACAACGCCGUCUGUGAUCACGUGACCGGAGCAUGUCCAGGAUCCUGUGCGGCUGGCUUUGUCGCCAAGGACUGCAGUGAAUGUCUCACUGGCUUGUAUGGCAUAAACUGUGAUCAGUCAUGUCCUAGUUGCCCUGGAAACGGUUCCUGCGACCGCCAGAACGGCACCUGUUCUUCGCCCUGUCCCGCACACCACACUGGAACCAACUGUGACCGUUGUCAUGACGACUGGUACGGCUCCAAGUGUGAGUUUCACUGUGGAGAGUGUCGAAACGACGGUCCCUGCAACAAAACGACCGGACGCUGCCCGAAUGGCUGCGACUCUGGGUGGCAGGGGGCGCUGUGUCAACAAGAGUGUGCUGACGGCCGGUUCGGCAUGGACUGCAGCCAAGUGUGUGGACACUGCGUGGACCCCGCCCCCUGUGACAAGCUGACCGGCAUCUGUCUGGACGAAUGUGCUCCUGGCUGGGGUGGAGAUUUAUGUGACAAAUGUCUGACUGGCUUGUACGGCAUAAACUGUGAUCAGUCAUGUCCUAGUUGCCCUGGAAACGGUUCCUGCGACCGCAACAACGGCACCUGUUCUACACCCUACCCCGCACACCACGCUGGAACCAACUGUGACCGUUGUCAUGACGACUGGUACGGCUCCAAGUGUGAGUUUCACUGUGGAGAGUGUCGAAACGACGGUCCCUGCAACAAAACGACCGGACGCUGCCCGAAUGGCUGCGACUCUGGGUGGCAGGGGGCGCUGUGUCAACAAGAGUGUGCUGACGGCCGGUUCGGCAUGGACUGCAGCCAAGUGUGUGGACACUGCGUGGACCCCGCCCCCUGUGACAAGCUGACCGGCAUCUGUCUGGACGAAUGUGCUCCUGGCUGGGGUGGAGAUUUAUGUGACAGUUGCGCCGCAGGCUUCUACUCCCUCCACUGCAAUGAAACGUGCGGCCACUGUGUGGACGACACGUGUGAUGCUCUGACUGGCCAAUGUGACGCCGGGUGUGAGCCGGGGUGGACCGGAUAUGACUGUGUGACAAGGAAGCGACCGACACCGACACUGACACCGACACCGACAACGGCAUCGACAACGGCAUCAUCAACGUCAUCAUCGGCUACAUCCACAACACCCACAACACCACCACAUACUACCAAAGCGAGGCAACACAACCAGACGCCCCAUGGCCAUCGCACGACGUCUCAUGGCAACACCCAGCAUGGCACAGACCAACCCUCAACUCAAGGGCUCUCAGAAGGUACCUUGGCCGGCAUUAUAGUCUCGUGUGUUCUCGUCCUGUGCAUCGUGCUACACUCGUUCAUCUUCCUCAGAUACUCGAGACGGCGGUCGUGCCACUGGCUUCGGGCUCGACGGAAACAUACAUACGGACGAGAUCGGGUAGAGAGCCCCGAGGACUAUACAUCAGGCACGGAACUUCCCAAGUAUGCAACAGCUUCACCCCCGGGCACGGAAGAGGACAGGGUGACAGCUGGCAUCAUUAACCCUAACUACGACCAAUCACCCAAAUAAAGCUGACACGGAUUAUAGCUGAAAUACCGUUAAUGGGGCGUUACACCCAGCUUGGUCCUUCCCUCAAUAACUCACUCACUCUGUCACAACUCAUUUUCCUCAUCAAAUGUAUUACCACUGUGUCCGUUAUUAAGCUAUGUAGUGAAGGCCUUUUGCCAAUAUGUGAUUUGUGUUUUCAAUAUCUGGCAUAUUGAUAGCAAAGAUUGAAAGACACGGAGAGUGAGUAUGGUUUUACGCCGCUUUUACCAACGGAGGGAGACACCAAAAUUGAUUUCACACAUUGUACCAAUAUGGGUUAUCGAACCCUGUCUUUAACCACUAGGCUACGCCACCGCCUGUAUCCAGUCACACGCACUGAAAGAGACAGGAAAUACCAGUGUGGCAAAACCACAACAACCACAAUGGGCGAUCAUUUUGUUCCAAAGGGCAAUAACUCUUCUUUUGAAAUGACAUAAGCGACCGUCCAACCUGUCCCUUCCGGUUUGGUUCCCGAUCAAUGUUAGACUGGGUUCCUGUCUACCUCAACUAGACAGACGGCGGCCGACUUAUCGUAGGCUGCGAUUGGACGACAUUAAACAUAGCGUUAAUUGGUCCUCGGUAUCGAAAACAAAUGGCUACGUGAAGUUUGUUUGCGAGGUAAAAGUGCCACCGACAAAAUUAACAUUAGCAGAGCAGUGUGUUGGAACUAUUUUCACUCAAAACAUUUUUUUGAGGUGAGCGCAUGUCUCUAUGUUUAUUUGCAUUUUUAAUUAAUAAACCCCUGGAUUGUGGAAGCUAUAUGUCCCCUUCAGCCCUAACGCUGUCUUUGAAGUUUUCAAAAUACAUCACGUACUCUAAUCCAGUGCACAGUUGUAAAUUCUUCGUGACAAUCUCUGUUCUGUGAUAUGCAGUCAUUCUACGCAAAACAAAAUGACUGUAAACGACUUCUGAAAGUUAAGUAGGCCUCUAGAGUAAAUAUCGCUAUUGUUUACAUGAAAUAUUAAACCAUCAUUCGCGGUGUAAAUUCAUGUAUUUUUUAAAUUCAGAAUAGCUGAUACUUUCUCAGAGAAUUCAGUUACAAAAGCACCAUGUCAGUGAUCACGGAUAUCUGUGAUUUAACAAGACACCAAUAACCAUUCUGAAACUUCGCCUGCAACAUUAAAAUCGUUACUGCAGUAAGUAUAUACUCGAGAGAAUAAAGCACGAACGCCGAAGUGAGAGAGUCGACAAAAUCCCGUUUCGCGUAGGCCGAUUGUAAAUAUUUCACUCUUAGUUGCGAUACAUACAUUCCAAAAUUCUUCGUACGUUUUAAACUCAAAUGACAAACUAUCACUGAUGGUCUAGAUGAAAUCAAGCGAAAUAAAGCAGGUGCAGAAAACGAAAGAUGUGCUCUAGGGCCCGCACGGUUAACUCGUGCACAUUGGUUUGGUGGGUAGUUAGUAGGACCCGGGUACCCACAGGCCUACCCGGACCCGUGGUUUGUCACGUGAUAUAUUGUUUAAAAAUAAAUAAAUAAAAAAAUAUGAAAAAUGUAGAACUCCAUGGUUACACUAUAAGUCACCAAUGUUCGCAUUGCUUUCAGACAAUACACGCAUUUUUUCUGACUUUAUUCAUUUGAGUAAAGAUAAAACUUCAGUCAACCUCAGUGUCUGUAUGACCAGACCGUUUUAUACGGGUAUCUAAAUACAUUUUGCCAAGGCUACGGUCAAUACUAUUCCCAAUCGGACGGAUAUUUUGUACCUGUCUCUUGAGACCCACAGCGGGUACCCGGUAGGGUCUGGUUAUAAGGGGGUGGGUACCGGGGUAGUAAAUUUAAACUCGUCCCAGCCCUAAUGUGCUCUGAAAAUCGUCCCUGUUUGAAAAUGUAAACAAAGCCAAAUCCAGAUUUUAGAUUUUAGAAUCUUUAGAUUUCUACUAUUGUGAGAUAUCCAUUCAUUCUAUUCGUCGCAUAAUUGGGUCAUCUAAGAAUAUGCAUGGGAUUUCUUCUGUGAGAAGAAUUAGGGAAUUAAAAAUGCAUACAUUACAAUAUGGUAAAUACAAAAUAAAGUGAAAAUUAAGUUUCGCGUGACGCCAUGACUGACGCAAACUCGCGCACAACGUCGACAAUAUUUAUCUGCAUUUUCCACCAAGUCUUUGGGUUGUGAUGCAAGGUGUAACAGCCCGUACAAAACAACAGCAGAUUGUCAAUUCAUCCUUAUUACUUACUUGAUUCCUUUAUGUGUAUAUAACAGAUACGUGAAAAGAGGUCACCGAUAGUGAUGUCAUACGUAGGUCAACAUUGUUCUACAUAUUUGACAGUUUCUUAGAGGUGAAGGUCGAAUGGAACUUCACACACAGUUAUUCAGUUCACUGUUUUCAUCAUGAUGUAGAAUCUGAUUACAUUUCAAAUUUUGGAAAUAUACUUUUACUAGAUCUACUAAAUAAGGAUAAAAUUUAUGGAUGAACAACUUCUUUAUUACAAUUAGGAGCUACGUUUCGGUGUAGGUUCUAACACCGUUAUCAAGCAAGUGAUAUACAGAGUAUGGUUGACAAGUAUGUAUACAGGUAGGAGGCAAUGUUUAUACAGUAGAGUAUAUCUCACUUCGUCGAUCAAAAUGUUUACUACCUUUUUGUGUACAUAACAGGCUUCUCCAUUCCAUUGUAACUACAUCUGUAAUAAAGUAAUAAAGAAGUUGUUCAUCUAUAUAUCUUAUCCUUACUUAGAACUCUAACCUCUAAAUACCUCUCAAAGAAGUUAGUAGAUCUACUGUUCAAUAUCAUAUCAGAUAUAGGCCACAAAAUACUAAUCUAAUGUAAAUUGGACCGUUGUUUAUGUAAGAAAUUGAAAAAUAUUGUGUCUUAUAAUGUCUGUUUGAAUAUUGUAUACAUAAAACAGUUGACAAAUA